CGCAGGUGUGACUUGAGAAACGACAUAACUACGGGCAGCAAUUGCGACGAGCAGAGGAUGUCGUCAAGCAAGCGAACGCGUGACGCUGAAGAUGUGGAUGAUUACGAAGACGGUGCAUCCGCUCGCCAUGUUCAACGCAAACGGUCAAGGGUUUCGCUUGCAGCAGAAAGAGACGGAUCUGUUGUUUCCGACGAUGAAGAUGAGGAGGAGGAUGUGAACGAUGCGACCGCUGAUGGCGAUCUCCGAAGCUCGAAUUCUCAAGUCAGUAGUGAAGACGAAGACGAUGACGACGACGAAGUCAACGAGCUUCGUGCAACACAAUUCAUACAAAAGAGUCGACGAGAGCAUGCAGACAAUAUCGCAGCGGAACAAGGAAUCAUUGAGGAGGUCUUUUGUCGGAAUUUCAUGUGCCAUACGAAAUUACGAAUCAAGCUCGGUCCGCUGAUUAAUUUCAUCAUUGGCCACAAUGGUAGCGGGAAGAGUGCCGUCUUGACGGCGCUGACAAUGUGCUUGGGAGGUAAAGCUACAGCUACCAACCGUGGCGGCAGUCUUAAGAGCUUGAUCAAGGAAGGCCAGGAAAGUGCAGCGUUGUCUGUGAAGAUAAAGAAUCAGGGCGACAAUGCGUACAAGCCGGAGCUUUAUGGCCGAAGCAUUAUCGUCGAGCGUCACUUCUCACGCUCAGGCACAAGUGGCUUCAAGAUUAAGAACUCGGACGAGCGUGUCAUCACUACGAAGAAGGCAGACCUGGAUGACAUUCUUGAUUUCUUUGCUUUCCAACUGGACAACCCAAUCAACGUUCUUACUCAAGAUAUGGCACGGCAAUUCCUUUCGAACAGCUCCGCAGCUGAAAAGUACAAGUUCUUCAUUCGUGGAACCCAACUCGAAACUCUCAACGGCGACUACAAGCUGAUCGAAGAGCAUCAAAAUAACAUGGAAGAGAAGCUGGCACUCCGUGUCGACGAUGUCAAGAUACUCCACACGAAAGCUCGAGAGGCGCAUGCCAAAAAGCAACGCCUUGAUGCCACUCAGAGCAUCCGAGAAAAGAUCGAGAGGCUCGAGCGUAUGCACGCAUGGGCUCAAGUGGAGGAGCAGGAGCAGGCAUUGCGCGUGUGUGAAGAAGCACUGGAGAAAGCAGAGGAGGCAGUCCGCGACAAAGAGGCCGACGCGGAACGAAUUGGCGGGGUUUUUGAAGGUCACAACCAAGCUUGGGAGGCUGCGAAGAGCGGCAUAGACGCUCUCAAGGAGCCAAUACCCGAGCUUAGAGAUUUAUUGGGCCAGGCGAAAGAGAGCUUUGAAAAUAACACCAAAGAGAUAAUGAGCGUACAGGCUGAACAACGAACAAUUCGCGAGAAUCGAAAGAAGCAGAAAGACGUCACAAAACGCCUCGAGGGAGAGAUCCGGGAAGAGCAAGCACGAUUGUCGGAUGCGCAGGGCGAAGCAUAUACUCAGCGUCUUGAAGAGCUCGAGUCGUUGAAAGAGGCGUUUGAGCAAGCAAGACUAGCACAUCAGCAGCACCAGAGAGACGUUGCACCACUCGAGAAGACGCGAGACGAAUGCGCCAUACAAGCAGGCGAUGCUGAUGCUAAAAUGGCACAAGCUCGAGAAGAACUUGAUCGUGCAAAGGGUAGACUCAACAAUCUAGCUCGGGAACAAGGUCGGAAAUUUGCUGGUUACCCUGACAAGAUGGAACAACUGGUUCGUGACAUUGAGCGCGAGACGAGAUGGAGAGCAAAGCCUGUUGGUCCAUUCGGUCUGCAUGUCAAGUUAAUCAAAUCGGAGUGGGCGUCGAUCAUCGAAACGACACUCGGCGGAUCGUUGAAUGCGUUUGCCGUGACGUGUGCAGACGAUCAAAGACUGCUUGCACAAAUCCUCAAAAAGUAUAAUUCGCAAUCGUCAAUAUUCAUCGGCAAUCCGCGGCCACUGGAUACUAAUGGAAAAGAACCAGACAGCGAUGUUGACACCAUUCUUCGUGUGCUGCGGAUUGAUGAUGAUCUCGUUCGCAAUACCCUGAUCAUCAACCAUUUUGUCGAACAGACUGUCCUUAUCAAAGAACAAGAAGCAGCGAUGGACUACAUGUAUGGUUCUGGCCAUCGACAGAAUGUCAAAGCCACCAUUGCCAUGACUAACCGACCUGGGUCGGGUACACGAUACGAACAUAGUCGCGGUGGUCAAAAAUCGAGCCCCGUCAAAGCUUGGGCGGGCGCGGCAAGGCUGCAAGUGGACCGCGCUGACCAAACUCGCAUCCAGCAAGAGCGAGUCCGUGCAGCCGAGCAGGAGUUUGAGACCAUCAAUGAGGAACGUCGCCGUGGCCAGACCGAGCUCUCACAGGCCAAGCAAGCUGUAAUUCGAUGGAAGCGUGAUGACGAAAGAUUGCGAAUUCAGGCGCAGCGGGCAGAAGACGACGUCGAGGCGAAAAAUAAUGAAAUUGAAGCCAAUCGACCACAAGAUGGAAAGCUUCAAGAACUAGAACGACAACUUCAGGAAGCAAAGGACGAACUCCAGGCCGCUAGUGCAUCAUUUGAGGAUUCCGUUGUCGCGAAAGAUCGCCUUGACGAGAUGGCUCGAGAGCGAAAAGACAAAGUUGACAAAGCCCGCGAACAGCUCGAGGAAGCCGAAAAGCGGAUAGAGAAGGCGACUAAACGCGCCGAAAGAAUCGAAUCGGAUCGGACUCGAGCAUUGCACGAGAAGAAUGAAGCUUUCGGCGCCGUUGACUCGAGCAAGAACCACGUCGUCCGGACCCGAAAGAAUCGAGACGAUCAGCAAGAAAUUGUCAUGGAAUACAUCAGCGAGGCGUCGAAGAUCUGCGAUCGCGUUCCUGUCGAUCCCGGCGUCAACGUAGAAGUGCUCGAUGAGCAAGUGAAACGACUGAAUGAUGACUACGAUCGAGCGGAGAGAGAAGCCGGUGGUACAAGAGAAGAGCUAACGCGGGCCUGGUCUGUUGCGCAAACUGAGUAUGUGCAGGCGAAGAGGGAGUUGAAUGACCUGAGACGGCUGGAGCGGAAACUCAAACUCUCCCUGAAUGAACGGCAGCGCCGAUGGACGCUGUUCAGAAAGUUCAUAUCUGUACGAGCCAAGAUCAACUUUCACUAUCUCCUCAGCGAGCGUUCCUUCCGCGGCCGCGUCAUCCUUGAUCAUUCCUCCAAACUCCUGGAUAUCAGCGUGGAGCCGGACAUUAGCAAGACGAGCGACGCUGGUCGUCAAGCCAAGACUCUAAGUGGAGGUGAAAAGUCAUUCUCAACCAUCUGUCUCCUGCUCAGCAUAUGGGAAGCCAUUGGAAGUCCGAUCCGCUGCCUCGACGAAUUCGACGUGUUCAUGGAUUCCGUCAAUCGUAGCACGAGUAUGACGAUGAUGAUUCAAGCUGCGCGACGAGCUGUCGGCAAGCAGUUUGUGUUGAUCACACCUCAAGCGAUGAAUAAUGUGGAGAUGGGUGAUGAUUCCACCGGCGGCGCUGCGCAAUACUUGACAGGCGCUGGUGGUCCUGGGAAUCAAAACAGCACCUUUGGCAACCCAUUACUCUGCCGUGCCGGUGCUGGCACGCCCAAUAUCACUGGCUCGGUGACUAUCGCACCAACCAUCUUGCAAGGUGGACGAGCGGAUGGCAGCGUCAAUUUUCAGCCCGUAACUUGGGGAGUCACCGUCUACCAACCCUCCAAUAUCCCAGCCGACAGUGCUCGUAGCGAAUUGUCUCUAUGGUUCAAUACAAAUGGUGCAAAUUAUUCCGACAAUUACGCUCUUGGCUGGGAUACUUGCUACUUCUGGAUCUCGCCUUUCUCCCUGAAUACUUUUUACCGAGGACAGAAAGAUAAUGGGCAGUGCAAGGAGACAUUGGACGCCACCUGCAUAAACGAUUUGAAAACCGCGGCCCAGACGCAGGCUUCAUUGCUCGUCAAAAACCCAACGCCCGGUCCGAACAGUAACUUGACAAGAAACUCGCUGCCCGGCGUGUGCUCGAUGAUCGCUGUUGCUGUCACCCAAAAUUUUCCUCCUUCGUGUGCUCGUUUCAUGGGAGGCCCUGGUGCGCUAUACGGCGGCGCACCAUCUUUUGGUGGAGCCCUUACUGGUCCAGAUUCGCUAGUAGCCGAGGCAGCGUGCACGACAAAGUAUGGUUCUCUCAUGUGGACACAAGUUGGCGGCUCCGAUCUCAGCACAUACACGAUUGCAUCGUGGUGGGUUCUUGGAAUCAUGACGCUUUUCCUUCCCAUCGCAGAUUAUGCUCGACCUGUGACACUACCGCAGCCGGUCGCUGAGUUGUCUUGUUUCAAGGCAAACAACUUUUCCCAAGGCUCCAUCGUGACAUCCGACCUCCCUCCUCAACCUUCCGUUGCAGUCAACUCGUCCAAUCUCAAUGACUUGACCAACGGAACUCACCCGACAAACUCAACGACUGGAUCAACUAAUUUAGGACCUGGCUCAACGGCUUCGUCAGGCCCUGUGCAAAAGAUGUUGGGCACUGGCGCGAUUAUCGGCAUCGUGAUCGGUAUCCUAGCAGCCUUGGCCCUUAUCGCCGGCAUCGUUAUAUUGCUUCGUCGGAGAAAGGCCCGCUCACAGCCUGGCGCCGCGCCAGAUGCGAGAUACUCAGAUGGCGGGAAAGCCGAAUUGCUCUUCCGAAAUACUUCUGUGGAGGCGCCACACAUGAACACCAUCUACGAAAUGCCCGCACCAAAGCAGAUGAUGGAAUUACAAGUUCGGAACCCACCGCCAGGACCAUUCGAAAUGCCUGCGCAUAAUGAGGAAACCGCGAAUUUCAGUUUCGACCCAUCGUACAAGCGAUGAGAUGACGACUUUUAUGACGAAUAUAGAUUGCGAUUUUCUUUCUCCAGGCGGAGAUUUUUCUUUUUCUGGACUCGCGCACGCGCGUCUUCCCAACAAUUUUUGCAUUCUAGCUUUCUCAAUGUGUCAGAUAUACCCAAAAUUUCGUCUCCAUUUGUCCGUUAUAGAAAUCUUGUCGAUGUUGGGUAGAAUCCAUGGAUACCAUGCAAACG